GUUUGAUUGCUCCAGAUGCUUCAUGGGCUGUUGCAAUUCCGCAUAUCGCAAAACAGCGACUGUCAAUUGAUCUGCCUGGUGCAAGAGUAAACCCGCAGCAGCCAUGGGUCCCCCGAAGCCUCCCGUCCCUCAUGUCGCUCCGAUCUACCGAGUAACGGCCACAGCUCUUGGUGCAGGCAUGUGGUUCUGGCUGAUGUAUCGGGCAAAGAAAGAUGGCCCCGUUUUGCUUGGCUGGAAGCACCCCUGGGACCACUAAACAACUCGAUCAGGUCGAGAUUCGAGACCAAGGACGGCAUGGUACUCUACCACUGGGACAUCGGCUAUAGCUUGUGAUUUAGUUUAUACUACGACUCGAAGUUACAUACAGCAAUGUUCUCUGCGGGCAAAAGGUGAAUGCUGGAAUAAGAAUAGUACAAGCUGCGCCAUCUGAAUAUAUCUACAUUACGACUCGACGCAUAAACUGAGUAAUUCUAGUCCCAAUACUGGAAUACACUUGAGAGCUCCACCACCGGGAGGAAGCCAAAGCAUGUAGUGAAACCAAGUAUCUCUGUGUUCCCAAAUUAUGCUCUCCG